GGAUGUCUCUCUUAGACCAUUCCAACCUUUUGCCAUCCCCGGGUCUCCUGCUUCCCUCCAAAACCCUAAAACUCUUCCCUCCUCCCCCAAUUUCAAACCCCAAAUCUCCCCAAAACCCGCCAAAUACAUCCCCUCUCCCAUUAUGCGCUCCAUCUCCACCAUGAGAUCCCUCCUCCCCUUCCCCUCUUCAAUAUAUUUUCCCCCAUCCCACCUCCUCUCCAAGACCUCUCCACCCCCUUUUCUCACUCUCAUCCCAACCUCUCCAUUCCCCAAAUUCAUCCUCCAAUCCCCGAUCGCCUAUCUUCCAAAGCCCUCGUCUUCCACCCUCAGAUCGUUUUGUACCAGCUCCAUCGACGGCCCCGAUCCAUCGAUGGAUGCCCGGGUUUCCUCUGGGGAGAUCCAUGUGAUCCUCGGCCCGAUGUUUGCUGGGAAAACCACCACUCUCCUUCGCCGAAUCCGGUCUGAGAUCGAGAACGGAAGGAGUGUGGCUGUAAUAAAAUCUAACAAGGAUACGAGGUAUGGGUUGGAUUCUGUAGUGACUCAUGAUGGCUCAAAGAUGCCAUGUCUGGCUCUGCCAGAGCUUUCGAUGUUCCGAGAUAAAUUUGGAAUUGAAGCUUACAAUAAGCUGGAUGUGAUAGGAAUUGAUGAAGCGCAGUUCUUUGAAGAUCUUUAUGACUUCUGCUGCAGGGCUGCUGAUCAUGAUGGAAAGACUGUUAUUGUUGCAGGCCUGGAUGGCGAUUACUUGAGAAGGAGAUUUGGCUCGGUACUUGAUAUCAUUCCUCUAGCUGAUUCUGUCACUAAGCUGUCUGCACGAUGUGAGCUGUGUGGCCAGCGUGCAUUCUUUACCUUGAGAAAGACACAGGAGACACAAACUGAACUUAUUGGUGGUGCUGAUGUCUACAUGCCAGUGUGUAGGCAGCACUAUGUGAAUGGACAGAUUGUUAUGGAAACUACAAGGAUUGUCUUGGAUGUUGAAAGGUCUACUGUGAUUCAAACUCUGAAGUAACUUUUGCCCAAGUCAUGUGUGCUUAUGUCAUGUCUAAUUUAAUUUUGAUUAAAGCUUUUCUCCUUAUGUUUAUACAUUCUAUUGUUCAAAGGAGACAGGCUGUAUAACUGAUAUUCCAUUCCUUGUGAUCAAGAUGGGAAUUAAAUGAGCGGAUAUGGUUUCUUGCAA